AUGUCUGAUCAUCGCCGUCAUCGACAUCGGGAUGGGGAUCGACAGACCUCUACCCAAGGCGCAGCCACUACCCCCAGCUCCUCGAGUUCUCAUCGUGGUGUUCCCGCACAAGGACAGACAGACCAGAUCGCCGACAUGGUCGCCGCAUGUCGAGGCGUCGGCGUAGAAGCUGCUUCGCUCCGACACGAUAAACUGAUAUAUUCCCUCAGAAUGCUGAUCGACCGGUGCCAUCUCUUCCUGUCUAUCCCAACACGAGAUAAGCUGCAAUACCUACAGCAUCUAAGACAGUCUUGCCAAAACAUGCUCGACCCUGAUGGUAGCUAUCGAAGAGCGGCACGCAUCCUACCUGGCGUCGAAAAUUUCGUGCGCAGUAUUCGGACGGGCCAGUACAAUGAGAGACGCGAUGGCAACUGGUUCACCUGGUGGAGACGGACCCUCGCUGCCAUGGCGCGGCAGAAUUACCUUACUACGAGUGAUCUACUGCGGUACGAUCAGAAUUUGAUACGCCACUUAGUAGAGUACGAGAUUGUCGAUAACAACAACAGAGCCGACACCGAGUCUAACCAACUUCCGCCUAUAUCGCCAUCUCGUCAAACGACUGGGGGUCCUCUUCCAUCUGUUAAUGAGAUAUUAAGACAGAGUAUGAGUGGACGCCACAGCAACCCAAGCUGGGGCAGCUCAAGCUCCAGCAACGCGGGGAGUAGCAGCCAAAGAUAUAGCAGCCGAGGUCAUAGCAACGACGGUCACCGCAGGCGCUGA